CAGCGUAGCGUGGCGGCGGUUGCCAUGUCGGUGCAGUCGGUGCGGUCGGAUCUGGGGCGGUUGGCGCAGGAGGCGGCAGCGCUGGCGGGCGCAGUACGCGGCGCCUUGGGGCCUGGGGGUCGGCGAGCGCUGGUGGUGGGUCCCAGCGGCGAGGCGCUGCUGACGCGGGACGGAUGGCGCCUGCUGGAGGCGCUGCGCCUGGAGUCCCCUACGGCCAGGAUGAUGGCAGCCUGCGCCGGUAGCCACCGCGCCGCGACAGGGGACGGCGUCAAGAGCUUCGUGGUGCUGCUGGCUGACAUUCUGCGUGGUUUGUGCGCGGCGGGCCUGCGCGGCGGGCUGCGGCGGGCGCUACGAGCCUUCGAGGCGCAGGUGCUGGAGCGGGCCGUGAGGCAGGGCCUGCGGGGACAUCUCCUGUCGGCAUUCUCCGGGCGGCAGGCCGAGGGGGACGCCCUGGAGGCGCUGGUGGAGACCUACCUGGGCGGCCGGCUAGGUCCGAGCGAGCGGCGGCAGCUGGCGGCACUGUGCUGCGAGUACUGCCGCUCCUGCGCCCCGCCCGCCGGUCUCUGCCCCUCGCUGUUGCGCCUCCUCGGCCGCCGCUUCGCGGAGCUGCACGCCACCGUGGCCGGUCUCCCCGUGGCCGGCUCCAGGGUCCUUCCCGGGCUCGUCCUUUGCAGGGACUUCGCGGCUUACUGUCCCGCCGGCGGGGAGCUGCGGGCCGUGCUGGUCACUCAGCCCCUCCAGCCCACACUCUCGGCCCCUGGGGUCGAGUUUUACGUCGACUGUGAGGGUCAGUAUGAGGGCUCCCAGCGCUGGGCCUCGGGGAGGACGGAAGCCUUAAUGAAAAACAUGCAGAACAACAACGUGAAGCUGUUGCUGUCGAGCGUGAAGCAAGAGGAACUGGUUAUCUACUAUGCAAAAUUGUACGGUGUGUCUGUGGUUGAGUGCUUAUCAUCAGAAGAAGUGGCCCUUAUCAGGGAAAUCACCGGAGUCUCGCCUUACACACCUUGUUGUUAUAAUAUAUGUGCAGAAAUAAGUGAAACCACAGUGGUGAUGUUUUGUGAGCGCUUGCUGCUUGGCUCAAAGAGAUGUGUUCACAUUGGCUUCACCAGCGUCUGCGACUUUGAGCCCCAUUGCCUCAUCCUUUGUGGGCCAGUGGAAGAUGUUAAUAAGCAACAUGCUGCUGCUUUACAAGGGGCAUUUACAAUGCUGCAGCAGCUAUUUAAAACAGUUGAGCAGAGGGAGGGAUUCCAAGCAGAUGGUGAAAGCCAGAGUGAAGCUUCCUGUAUACGCAGGUGUCAUUCUUCAGCUACUCAGAAGCAAGUUGUAAUAGAAAAUAUUUCUUAUGACAGUAAUCGGGGUGUUGAACAACAACCAAAACCACAUAGGGAUGAAAUGGAGACACAGAUUGCAGAUGCUGCCUUACAGGAAAGUGAAAAUCCAGCAUGUGUACAAUCACACUUGCAAAUACCCUCAAACCCCAUCUCACACAUCAAAGCAUUCAGUGUUGCCACUGAAGGAGGUGAAGCUUCAGGAGACAUAAAGGAACCACGGACUAAAUGUGAACACCCAGGUGACACUCACAAGAACUGUAAAAGUGAUUCACUUGUGGACAAUCAAAAGGACUACACUGCUGUGUCAGCAGGAGAUAACACUAAUACUGCGUGCAAAUGCCUAAGUGUUGGCAAAGACCUAGAGAAAACAAGUUGCAAUAUAGUUCCUUUUAAAGGUGAAAAGAGUUGUGGAAGUACUGCACAGAAGUAUUCCAACUCACUCAUAGAAGCAGGAUCAGUUUUGCAAGUAGGAGGUUACUUUGAAAUCCUGCUACAUUAUUACAUUCAGUACUAUGGAAACCGGUUUCAGCAGCCAGAGGUAACUGCCCUAUCUAAUGUAGUUGCUGAUGCUUUGCUAAGUAUUCCCAAGUCCUUAUACGGGACAACAAAACAAAAUAGUUUUAUCAAGUUCUAUCUCAAAGCCAUGAAUACACUCAGAAAAAAUGAGCCACUGACAAUGAAUGAGAAAGGCUUAGAGUCAGUGUAUUGCAAAUACCAGUUAGUCACUUCAGUUCUUCAUUGUGCUGCAGAGCUUCUCUCCAUAGAUUUAAUAAUUUGUGUUCAGCAACUAUGUUUUUCCCAUGAGGAUAAUGACUCAGAAGAUGUCUUAUGAAAUCGUGAAUAAAGAAUGGUUUUGGUGAUGUGUUUUCCUGUGUCUUGUCAAAUGGAUGUGUCUCAAAAUUGAGUACUAAAGACUAAAAGAUCUCUUUUUAGGCUCAGACUUAACAUGCUCCUUUACCCAUGGAUGAAAAGGAAGAAAAAUGCUGAUCAGCUGAUAGUUUUGGAAAACU